UCCACACUCAUCAUCUGGGGCUGGUACAAUAGGCCAGUUAGUGGCUGACGUACCAAGUGGACUCAGUCCCCCCCUAAACCAAGAAACUGACUGAAAACUAGCACACAGCCAUAAUGUGGGAAUUAUCUUACAAGGUCGUGAUGAUGUAUUUCCAAUAGUGCACCCCUGUGGGAAAGUUAUGACAAUUUCUGUCACAGGAUAGGACACGGUUGAUGCAUUUCCACAAGUUUUGUUCUUCAUGAGUUGUCUAGUAAAUGUGAAAAAUAUGGCAAACAACAGUAGCUGGAUUACUCAUAUAACUUGAUAAACGUGUCUGGAUUUAUAUAUCUAUAUUGUUACUUUUCGUUGGUUUGGAUGAUGUGGCUCCAGUGAAGAAUUACUGUUCCAAGUGAUGAUGUCUGGCAUCGAUUUUGGACUGAGAAAGGAGAAUCUAGGAAGUUUACCUCAGACACCAUCUGCAAUGAUCCUGCCAACUGGAGACAAGAAAAAUGCAGGAACCCCCAGAGAACGUCUCAGAGACGCAGCAGUGAUGAGAUUGCUAGUCCAAGCGGUGAAGGAUGCAAUAUAUAUUGAACUCAACAAGGAUCUUCUGAGGGGUCCACCCGAAGUGUCAGAGCACACAGAAAAAUGUACAUCCAUUCCGUGUGUUACAGGUGCAGCUGCAGUUGUGUUAUGGUUGAACGAGUCUGUGCUUCAGCUCUAAGGUGGUUGUAAACGUAAAUGCCUGCAACUCACCAGCACGAGACCUCAAGUGACUUGUCUGCCAUAAGAGGAAGGGAUGUUGCUGUACAGUCAUAACGAGCAAGUUACAGCAUUUCUCUGACGUCCAUUAUGCUGUCCUAUCAUCCAUGCAUGGCUCUUUCAGAUAGCCUUUUCUCUUGUAGCUAUGCCACCGGAAUCUCUGCAUGUCAAGACUGAAGUGAAAAUCUGGACAUGUGAGGACUGAAGUGAAAAUCUGUGCAUGUCAGGACUGAAGUGAA